AUGACUCUAGAAGAAAUGGUUCUUCAAGUUCAUCCAUCAUCAUCACUUUUAAGGCAAUCGCCAAACGAACCAAACACCAGUUACUUGGCCAUUUUGUUCUUCUUGAUCAUAAGCCUCGUUUUUGUGCUUAACCAAAGAAGAAGAAGCAAGUCCAAUUUGCCACCUUCCCCACCAAAACUACCCAUAAUUGGAAAUCUUCAUCAGCUAGGCACUCUCCCACACCGCUCUUUCCAAGCACUCUCUCGCAAGUAUGGUCCUCUCAUGUUUCUGCAAUUAGGCCAAACUCCAACUCUUGUGGUUUCAUCAGUUGAUGUGGCCAAAGAAAUAUACAAAACCCACGAUGUUGCUUUCUCCAAUAAGCCUCAGACCACAGCCGUGAAAAUCAUCAUGUAUGGCUGCAUGGACGUGGCUUUUGCACCCUACGGAGAAGAGUGGAGACAGAAAAGGAAGAUAUGUGUUCUUGAGCUUCUUAGCAUAAAAAGGGUGCAAUCCUUUCAGUCAAUUCGAGAAGAAGAAGUUACAGCGAUGCUUGGUGCCAUACGUGCAGCAUGCAGCGCAAGUAAAAGGCCUUCUUGCGUGAAUCUGAGUGAGAUGCUGAUUGAAACCUCGAACAACAUAAUGUCUAGAUGUAUUCUUGGACAAAAGUAUGAUACCCCAGAUGGUAGUAUCAGCUUUGGAGAGCUAGGAAGGAAGAUGAUGAAACACUUGGCCACUUUCACUGUGGGAGAUUACUUUCCUUCGUUAGGUUGGAUUGACGUUCUUACUGGCUACAUACCAGAAUUCAAGGCCACUUUCCAUGCAUUAGAUGCUUUCUUUGAUCAGUUAAUUGACGAACGCAGGAGAAUAAUGAAGAGGGACAGUUACCAAUCUCAGAACAAAGACUUCGUGGACACACUCCUUCAAAUUCAAGAUGGUGAAGGAAAGCAUAAUUUUCAGCUCACACAUGAUGACGUCAAGGCAAUCCUAAUGGACAUAUUUGCUGGAGGAAGUGAUACUACUUCAACACUUCUGGAAUGGAUAUUUGCGGCGCUCUUGAAUAAUCCUGAUACCAUGAAGAGAGCCCAAGAAGAAGUAAGAAGAGUUGUUGGGAAUAAAUUAAAAGUGGAUGAAAAUGAUUUAAAUCAAAUGAAUUAUCUGAAAUGUGUAGUGAAAGAAACUCUGAGGUUAUAUCCACCUGCUCCUCUAUUGAUACCCAGAGAAACUUUAUCUGAUGUGAAAGUCAAAGGUUUUGAUAUUCCAUCCAAAACAAGAGUGUUUGUGAAUGCAUGGGCGAUUCAGAGGGACCCUGAAAUUUGGAACAGGCCUGAAGAGUUCCUUCCGGAGAGAUUUGAAAAUCAGACAGUAGUGGACUUUAGAGGAAAUGAUUUUCAGUUGAUUCCCUUCGGUUCUGGGAGAAGGGGGUGCAUUGGAAUUUCAUUUGCACUUGCUUCCACUGAGCUUAUGCUUGCUAAUCUCCUCUACUGGUUUGAUUGGAAGAUUCCUGAGAAUGGUGCACCAAUGCAAGAUGUAGAUAUGAGUGAGAUUUGGGGACUCACUGUCAUCAAGAAAGUACCACUUCAUCUUCAACCUCAAUUACACUCGUUUGGACAUAAACCUUGA